UACGUGUGUUGCUUACAUGCUGAAUUUUAUCUCAUCCGAUAAUGCAACGUCGCAUCGACUAUGACUGGGCCGAUUUCGGCGACCUAAACUCGAUUUACACCGACAUAUAUAUCCAUAUAUUUAUACAUUUUUUACAUUUACAACCACCGUCACGGGUAUCGUACCCUCUUAACUGUGUACCAUAAUUCACCGACGAUUUAACUACGUAUCGUACUUGUGAUUUGUACUUUGAUACUUGCGUUGCUUUGUUUCCCUUCUGCCGCGUCGUCUCGUUUGUCCCGCGUUUAUUAUUGGGCCAGUGGAUGCUGGGACACGCCUAGACGAGUAUUCGAGAUACAAACACGUACCUACAACUAAACUGCGAGCGAACUUAACCUCAAAAUGAAUAAUAUCGAACACGUUUCCGUAUCAUUAUAAUAGUUACGCCGAAAAGCCGUACGAGGCGGAAGCUAGAAGCCAGAAUUAGCAGCCAAACGUUCUAAUGUUCACUCGAACGAGAUAGUAAAGUCCGAAAGUCGAGAUUUUCCGCAAAACCUUGAACCCCCAAUAGUUUUAUAAAAUUAUGAGGGUAAAAUUAAACCGCAUUUCUCUAUUUCCAAAAAGCUUAACACGUUUGGUUGUUAACUCUGGCUGCUACCUUCGGCUUCGUAACAGCGGAGUUCGUUCUUUCUUUUUAUCACGCGAACGAGCCCCUCGCUCCUGCUUCCUGUACCCUACAUACGAGAUUAUAGAUAUGUAUAUAUUCAUUCGUCUUCUUUGAUUAUACCAUUCCUCUAUUUCCUUACCACCCCUCUUCCCCUUCCCUAUCCUUGUUCCCUCUCACCGUCGCCUAUACUCUCGAUCGUAGAUCCGAAUAUCCCUCCCCCUGCCCUUCUUGCUGCAGAUACUGCUGCUGAAACAGUAUCGAAGAACACUGCCGGCUGGAUGAAACUGGGAGACAAAAAAACGGGCAGAGAGAAAGAGGGACAAAGUGAAAUUUGAAAAGUUAGAGGGCAGACGAGGAAAGGAUGGGAAAGCGUUUGAAAAGGCGCUGAAAAUCUUAGCUACGCCCAUAGCCCGCGGAAAGUCGCCUGUUGAACGUCGAUCGAUCAAUCCAUCGAUCAACCAUCGAUCUUCUCGGAAAUUGUGCGGAUAUUGUCGACCAACUACUGAUGGUUCAUUCCGAGAAGAAAAGGGAAGCAGCCGAAGGAAAAGGAGGAACGAGGAGGCGGGUGGUAGUGUGUUAGUCCGAACCGUCGUGCGCAAACACGCGUCUUGAAGAAGAACUGCCGAGAAAAAGAAAGAAGACGACUAGGAAUAAAGAAGUAAAACGGCUGAGAAAAAGAUUGCCGAAGAAAUUCCAACGACCGUCGUCGUUGUUCCUCUUGCUAUAAGCGCCAUCCGCACACGAACACAUUCGCGCACACAGCAUACGCGAAUCGCCUACAAGCCGAGAGAAUGCAAAGGAAAGUACCUCGGAUACGUCGCGACCUGGAGGGUGAGCGGGGGCGUCGACGACGCGGAUCCGCACUGCCACGAUGAUCCGGACAGUAGCCCGGUGCUGCUGCUGCUGCUAGAAUCGUCCGCACGUUUAUCAAUCACUCCCUUGUAAUCGAGCAGUGCCUCGUCUCGUCUCGUCUCGUCUCGUUUACCGAUUACGUGGAAAGUCUCGUCGUCCGCGAGUUUUCCGAGCGAUACCUAGUUUCGGCGGAACGGACAAAAAUCCCGACCAGCGAGGAACAGCGAGAAGAAGGGACAGCUGGACUGGACGGUCCCGCGAAUUGCGGUGGGACGGCGCCCCGGGGGCGGUGCGGGGGGCGCGGGGGCCGCAACGGGGACCGGAGCGCACCAGGGGUUUCCGCCGACCUCGCUGACCGCCGUCCUCGGCCUCGUCGCCCUGGUCGCGGUCGUCGUUCUGGUAACAGCGAGCAGAGUCUGCACCGAUGAUCGGGUCCAGGACGCGGAGCAGCGCGGCUCGUCGACAUCGUCGUCGUCCUCGCACGCUCGUCGGGAUGGAACCGCCGAUUCCACGACCCUGACCGAAGGCCAGCUCCACCGAUUUCGGGGCGAGAGGCGGUGGCUGGUUUUAAGGAGGAGGACGAGGAGCGGAAUCGUACGUCUUCCUCAUCGCAGAUUCGGCCCCCAAGAGGAUCGAGAGGAGGCCAAGAGGAGGAGGAAGAGGAAGAGGAAUAAGAAGAACGAGGAUCACAACUGCUUUCGAGAUCGCGGUCGGAAAGGGGAAAUCGCUACGACGACAGUGUCCGGUGUUCGGGGUUUCACAGGUGAUCGUGCUCUUGGUGGUGAUAGUGGUGCUUACAGUGCCGCUGCUGUCGAUGGCCAGUCGACUACGGUAGCCGGGCCGAUGUCACCUAGGUCGAAUAGCGAAGAACCAUCGGGCACCGAGGGCGACGACGAGAUAGUUUAUCAGCGGGGUUCACCACGGCGCAAGGAGGAGAACGAGAACGAGGACGAGGAUAUCGCGCCUACCCAACCACCUCCAUCACCGACCAAUCAUUCCUCUAUGGAAUCACUGAGCCGUAGCGGGUACAUUCUUUCCGUCGUACUCGUCCUGGCGGUGGGGGGCAUAGUUGGAGUACUGGCCACCGUGUCUCACCACUUCCAUCGUCGGCAUCAACGUCGCCUUCCCGAGGCCCCCGGGGCUUCCGACGCACUCUCGACGACCGACGAUCGACAACUUCGCCAUUCCGCCACGCCGAUGCUGUCGGUUAGCGGUGGAAUGGAGGUGGGAAGCGGUGGUCGAGGAGGUCGCGGCGGGCUCGGGGGAAGCCUCCAGGAGGAUGGACCGACCUCGAGAGUAGAAAACGACGUCGUCGCCGCGACGAAGGAUCGGGCGGUCAGGGCGAGCAGCGUACGCCAGGAUCUGGCCCUGGACCUUCCGCCCCGGUUGCAGCUACCCGACGGCGAGGAGCGACCUUACGGAGCGCACGCCGGACUUCAUCUUCGCGACCCCGAGCAGGAGAGUGAGAUUUACCAGAAGUGCGUUAGGCCGCCGCCAAAUCGGACAGUAUUCGACAGUGAGAGUCCGCCUGCUUACAGGAGUCAGGCGGCCCUGCUUGACGCCCCGGACAGAAUAGUGCGGUGUCACAGUGCCGGCAGUUCACUCCUCAAAGUAUUCAGAAAGUUUCCAAACUCCGGUAGUUCGACGCCCUCGGUUAUCGUGCCGAGGAGGCCAACCCUUUCCAGCUACUCAGAGUCGAGUAGUAAUCUGAGUAAUUUGUCUAGUCUUACGGUAGUGCCGUGCGAAACUGACGAAACUCAUCAACACGUCUGAUCCUUGGCGGUUGUGUGCUCGCGCACGAUUACUUCUUGCCUGGGUUUAAGUAAAAAAUUUUAUUACGCUGUUGUCGCCUCGCCGUCGAUGAUAAUUAUGCCGUCGAUGUGGCUGCGCUUGGCUUAGUUGUUCCUAAUUAUUUGAGUUUCAACGUUCAACGAUGAUCACGAAACGGCCGCGGCAAGAGGUGGCGGAAAUUAACGAAUAAAAGGCUGACUCCCAAUCAACUCUCAUCACAAAAUAAUAGUUAAAGGAUUAUCACACUCCGGCAGAAUGAUUUUCUUAAGUGAAAGGAAUACUGAGAAAAAAGAAGAAAAAGAUGGUGAUGAAGAUAGAGAGCAGAAAAAGGCACGAGAUGUCUGAAAUUUCGAUUUUCUUCCCUUCGUCCCUUCGACGUAAGUCAAGGAGGAAAAUGAGACCGUGACAAAUUUUACGACCACGAGGCAAGAUUGUAAUUGCUGGAUGUGAGAUUUUUUUGUCUUAUUUGCAUAAAUUCAUUAUGUGCACGUGUAUGUAAUAUUGAAAUAACCAAGGUGCAGGUGUAAAAUACUGUUAAACGACGCUAAGCCGAAGAUGCAGAUGUAAUAAUGAUAAUUGUGAAAAUUUUAUUCUUGAUUCCUUAUAUUAGGGAAUUCAUAACGAUGAUGAUAAUAACAACAAUAAUAACAACAACAACAACAACAAUAAUAAUAAUAAUAAUAAUAAUAAUAAUAGUCGUAGUAAUAAUAAUUAUUAAUGUAAUGAUAAUUACGUAUGAUGAGCGAAAGGGAGAGAGCGAAAGAGAAAAGACAGAAAGAAAAAAAGGUAAUAAUAAUAAAACCUAAGUUCAUUCUGACAGAGUCAAACUUAUGGUAUAUAUUAUUAUUAUUAUUAUUAUAUAUAUAUAUGAAGUAAUUGAAUAUAAAUAAAAUAAAGUAAUUGAA